CAGAAAUGCGGUCCAUACCGUCGGGAAUUGCAGUAUUCCCAGCCUCCAUAACCAACAAUUUCAAGAAAAACCAUCAAUCUUUCUUUACCUCUCCUAGGGUUUCUCACGAUUCUUCUUUCUCUCCUCUCUCCAUAUCAGGAAAAGAAGAAUAGUCCUCAGUUGAAUGAUUUGUUGGAUACUAAAGCCCAAUUGGAUGACUCUGGUCAUUGAGUGCAGGAAUGUGCAGAGCGAGUCAAGUGGUUGAAUUAUUCCCUGCUGUGUCUCCAGAAAUUGUUGUGAGGGAGGCAAGAGUAGAAGAUUGUUGGGAAGUGGCUGAGACUCACUGCAGCUCCUUUUUCCCUAACUACUCCUUCCCUCUAGAUUUUGCACUGAGGAUUAACAGGCUGGCGGGAAUGUUAUCAGGUUUCUCUGUACCACAUGGAUGCCAGAGAACUUGUUUGGUUGCUGUCAUUGGUGGUUCAGGUGAUGAUACUUUCUGCUUUGGAGGUGAAAAUCUCAAAAUUGGAGAUUUUGAUGGGAGAUUCAGUCUCAAUAGAGGAUAUGUGGCUGGGAUAUUGACUUUGGAUACAGUGGCUGAUUUUCUUCCAAGAAAAGGUCCGCUUAAGCUGAGAAGGACUGGAAUUGCAUACAUAUCAAAUGUCGCAGUUCGGGAGAAAUACCGUCGGAAGGGCAUAGCAAAGAGACUUAUAGCAAAGGCAGAGGCUCAAGCCAAGAGCUGGGGCUGUCGUGCCAUUGCUUUGCAUUGUGAUCUGAACAAUCCCGGGGCUACAAAACUGUACAAAGGUCAGGGUUUCAAAUGUAUCAAGGUACCAGAAGGAGCAAACUGGCCCCAACCCAGGACCUCUCCAGAUACCAAAUUUAGCUUCAUGAUGAAGCUCCUGAGAAACCCAACAACUACUGAGAAUAUUUAGGAGCAUAUAAUGUGAAAAUAUAGAAGAAAACUGUAGGUAAAAAGGUGAAAGUAGGACAAUUGGAAUUACCACUUGUAUAUAUAUAUAUAUGUAUGUAUGACCUUAAAGGGUGUACCGCCUGUCCUGGUGGUACUGUAUUUAAUAGUGCCUGUAAUGUUUUAUGUGCCUUAUUGUAGAAUGCAUGGAAUUUUUUGUAAGGCUACGGCAACCUAGUUCAUAAAAGGAAAAGAAAAAAGAAUUUACUGUA